AUGUCUGCCAGUCCUUCUCCUUCGGCCUCUGGUGAGGCCAAGCAAGCCGACCAGAUCCACUUUCGCUUCUGCCGCGAGUGCUCCAACCUUCUAUACCCCAAGGAAGACCGCGCCAACAACAGGCUCAUGUACACCUGCCGCACCUGCCAUGUCGGCGAGCUUGCGACUUCCUACUGUGUCUACCAGAACAAGCUGAACAGCCAGGUUGGUGACACUGCGGGUGUCACUCAGGAUGUUGGCUCGGAUCCCACGGUUCGUCUCCCAAAUCCUAGCCUCCUCUGCCUGCCUGGAUUCUGCACCCUCUGCGGCUGUAUGGUUACCUGCACCUACUGCGACUCUCGCUCCAUCACCUACUGUGAUGACCUCCUCAACGAACUUCCUCGAGCCAAUAAACUUUGUCCGGACUGUGGCGAAAAUGAAGCGGUCUUUUUCCAAUCCCAGCAGCGCUCGGCAGAAACGGGAAUGAAACUGUAUUAUGUCUGCUGCGCAUGCGGAAAGGUCUUUAUGUGA